AUGACGGCAAAUGAGGAAUCAUGGGACCUCGACACCGAUGAGAUCCGCUCAGUCGACUCGGAAGAGCUUUAUGAGACCAGGCCCAACCGUUGGAGAGGCCAAAAGUCGACAUGGCAGACCUAUACGCAGGAGGAGCGGCUACUGCACCGGUCCAUGGAACAGCUUCGGAACCGAGACUUGUCGGUGCAUCUCUACAACGCGUUUGCGCUGAAGCACCGUCCCGUGCGACCGUCGGCAACGGCAGAGCCCGCCGACGCAGAGGUGAGCAGCAGCGGCAGCACCGCCAUUCAGCAAGACACAACACGGCUAUCCCGAGUGACUGACACUGCAAUCCAGGACGUCGAGAAACCGCUGCAAGAAGUCGUCGACAGCGGCGAGUGGCGUCCGCCGAAUCUUUGGACGGCGUGGCCCAUGAACCACAGGAAUGUGCCAGGCGACGAUUUCCUGAAGGAGACCCACGACGAGGACGACGUCUUCACCUUCCGCUCCAAGAAGGAGCUACUGCCAAGCACGCCUCUGGAAGAGGAGCUCACGGCCACGAUCCUGCGCCAGGCGAAGGAGCGUUUCCGCCGCCGCCAACGGAAAUACUACGAGAAGAAUGCCACCAGAGCCCGCGACGAGUCCGCCUACGAAACAACGGGGGCGUCUUCGGCGGCGGCUCACUCGGCCAUUUCAUCCGACGACAACGAUGAUGAUAUUCCAUCGAACGAAGAAGAUGCCAAAGAACAGCCCGACGAAAGGGCCGGAAAGGCCGAAAAGCCCAAGCGCUCCAAGACCUACGAGGCGGCAGUGUCCGCCAACGACGACCUCUCGGCAAACCUCCUCCGCCCAUCUGUUCGUCACAUUCUCUCCACGCUCGACAACACACUCACCGCGCUCCACAAUUCCCGCGUUGCCGGCCUCAGCUACAUGACCGACUCCUCCGCCUCGGCCACCGACGGCGAGGCGUCCGAAGCCUCGGACGCAGGCAGUGUCUCGUCCGCCGUGUCGCGCGCCUCGUCGGCCACGAGACGCAAGAGGAAAGGCGCCCCGCGCAGCAGGGCCCCGCGGACGCCCGAGCCGGAGCGGAAGACCACAGAGAGGCGGGGCCGGCCAAGGAAGGCGCAGCUCCCGCUGCCGGGGGAGACGGAGAAGGAGAUGAAGAUCCGGAUCGCGAGGGAGCAGAAGAAGCGCAUCCCGUUCUCGUCAGACGAGGAGGAUAACGCCGAUCAAGUCGAGGAGGAGGGGAAGAUGAAGAAGGGUGCCAAGGAGGCGGCGGAGAUGUCGGAGACGUCGAGGUCGCCGCGCAAAAAGCAGGAUCUGCCGCCCGAGGCCCGCCUCGAAAUCAGGACCAAGACCCGAGAGGCGAUCCUUGGGGGCUGGGGGCUAAGAGACUGGAGCGACGUCAUCGGCGCGGCUUCCCUGGCGGGUUUCAAGCCCGAAGUCGUCGCCCGGGCGGCGCAGCGGUGCGCAGACCUGUUCGGCGAGGGGAUGGAGAUGCACACGCUCCUCGAGGGCCCGGCAUCUAAGGGACCGAAACCUCAGAGGAAGCGGUACCUCCCCGGCGACCGCCACAACCGCCGCGCCUCCUCGUCCGUCUCCGGCUCCGAUUCCGAGGUCAAUCGGCCGGUGGUACGACGACGUGUCCUUUCAAGACAGGGCAGCCUCGCGCGGGACAGCGUGCCGCCGAGUGACUCCGACGUUACCGGCGCCGCUCGCGGACGGAGCUCUCGCGCGCCGAGUCGGGCCCGCAGCGCGUCCCGCAGCUCUUCCGUCGGGCUCUUCUUCUGUCCCGUGGCCGGGUGCCCGCGUUCGGCGGAAGGGUUCGCGAGGAGGGCGAACCUGUUGCGGCACGUGGCGAGUAUCCAUCCCGGGCAGGCCGUGGAGGCGGGCGACGUGGAGAGCGAAGACGAGAUGGACGGCGCGGUGCACGUCGACGGGUUCCUGAAGUCCAUCCGGGCCAGGAAGGGCUGGAGGGCCGAGGAUACGGGGACGAGGAAGCGCAAAAGACAUUAUCGCGGGCGGAGGGUGGAGGAGAGCGGUGCGAGUGAAGGGAGCGGUGUCGGGGAGGAGUCAGUGUGGGAUUCCACAUGA